AUGUCGUCCACUAUAUUGGAGCAGCUACGCGCUGAACAGGAAGAAAUUGAGGCAUUGGAGCGUGCUAUUGUGGCCACACUAUGCGAGAAACCACGUAAUCAUCGUAGCCGAGUUUUGCAUGGACAUAAGGUGAGUAAAUUACUGGACGGGGUGACAAAGCAUAGUAAACACGUUAAGGAGCUUUAUGAAGAUGAAGAUGGGAUUUUUGCAGAAGAGACGGCAAAUAUGCGUGGACGAGCAGUGUUUACUACAUUUUAUGAGCAGCUCAAGUCCAUUCGCUCCUUUCAUCGCAAGUACCCGAACUCAGUGGUGUCUCAUGAGCCAAACUUGGAGGAGGCUCUACAUCCAAACAUUCAGUUUUCAGGUGAAGAGCGUUUUGGGAAAUAUGUAGAUUUAAAUGAGUUCUACAUCCGUUUUUUGAAUAUUCCAGAGUUUAAAUGGCAAGUACGAAAGACACAGGAAGUGCUGAGGUCGAGUGUCAAGAGUAGAGGAAAAAAGCAGUUGGCUUCUGCUACUAUUGACUAUCUGGCGUAUCUAGCAUCCUUCUCUGACUUUUCGGCCAUUCCAGCAGCACAGAAAACACAAUCAGUACCGUUCCAGCACUAUCUGAAGGACUUGAAGGAGUAUUUAUUGGAUUUUUAUCAACGUACGCAACCACUCGUGGACCUUGACGACGUGAUUGAUGAAACCUCUGCAAAGUUUGAAAAGCAGUGGGCGCUUCGCAACGUCGCUGGGUGGGACGCAACUAAUGAGAAUGACAGCGUGAACAACGGCAAACCCCAAGCAUACUUUUGCGAAUGUUGCAAUAAGCAGCUCAGCUCCGAGGGAGUUUAUAAGAGCCAUUUGACAGGAAAGAAACACAAAAAGUCUGUUGCUGCUGCACGAGCUACGAUAGUACACGGAAGCAAUGAUACAACUUCUAGCGGCGCCGAAACAAGCAAGGAUACUGGCAUGCAGAUGGAAACGAAGCGAAAGGCUAUUGCAUUUGAUGAAGUAUUGAUCCGCCGAAUGUACGAAUUACUCACGGAAGUUGUGCAAGGCACAAUUUCUUAUUUGGAACUCAAGCAGACACGCACACACGAAGAGCUCCAAGCCGAAAUUGAGGAGGAAGAGGAGGGCGCAUUUUCCGAUGUGGAUGUGGAGAACGAUAACGGAGAGGGUGAGGACGAGGAAGAACAGCUCUACAAUCCGUUGAAUUUACCGCUGGGUUGGGAUGGAAAACCGAUUCCAUACUGGUUGUACAAGCUGCACGGACUAGGCGUCGAGUACAAGUGCGAAAUCUGUGGCAAUCACAGUUAUUGGGGACGACGUGCAUUUGAUCGCCAUUUCCAGGAGUGGCGCCACGCUUUUGGUAUGCGCUGCCUGAAGAUUCCAAAUACAAAGCACUUCCACGACAUCACACUCAUGCGGGACGCCAUCCAGCUAUACGAAAAGUUAAAAGACCAAAUUGAUGCUGAGAGCUGGAAUCCAUCAAAUGAAGAGGAAUUUGAGGACUCUGAAGUUCGCAAGAUAAGUUGCGAAGCAGCUCUUAUUCGCAAAAACAGGCACGUCGUGGUUUCGUACUGUUUACAUUUCCACGUACCUACACGUUGA